AUGCCGCGACCACGGAAGUCGAGUAGUCUCGGUGCAGAUAUCAGAGGGGACACCGGAGCUCCAGCUAUGUCCACCAUGGAUUCCCGGGCUUCCAUAUCAGAUUACCCUGAGUCGCCCUCGUCUUCGGUGCGCAACCAGCGGAAUGCUCCAGAAAGGAGCCGGAAAUCACAUUCAAAACGGCGGAGGGCGCGCUCACUAUUCCGGCGAUGGAAAGACCUUGCUCUCAAGCACACAUGGUUGACACCACUCAUCCUACUCCUCAUUGUCCUCGCUAUAUACGCCGUGAACCCAACGGAAUCCAACCCUGUACACUCCGCCAUUUUCCUCUCGUACCCCACUGGCCGCGAAACUCCUAGCGGACCCACUAUGUACGCCAAGGGCAGAAAUGACCUCUACUUUGUUGGCUUCUACACGAUCGUCCUAUCCUUCACUCGCGAAUUCAUCAUGCAGCGCAUCAUCAGACCAUGGGGCGUGUCCUGUGGCAUCAAGAGUAAGGCCAAGAUGGCCCGGUUCAUGGAGCAGGGGUACACGGCGAUAUAUUUCGGGUUUUCCGCGCCAUUUGGGCUCUACGUCAUGAAACAGACAGAUAUCUGGUAUUUCAACACGACGGCAAUGUUUAAGGGGUUCCCGCAUAGGACGCUAACGGCGGAUUUCAAGGCAUAUUACUUGCUGGAAGCCAGUUACUGGGCGCAGCAGGCGAUUGUGCUGCUGUUGAUGCUGGAAAAGCCUAGGAAGGAUUUCAAGGAGCUGGUUAUGCAUCAUAUUAUUACAUUGUCGCUCAUUGGCCUAAGUUACCGUUUCCAUUUCACCCACAUUGGGCUUGCGGUGUAUAUCACUCAUGACGUUUCGGAUUUCUUCCUUGCGACCUCCAAAACACUCAACUACCUCGAUUCCCCAAUCAUUGGUCCUUACUUCCUCACAUUCAUUUGCAUCUGGAUUUACAUGCGGCAUUACCUCAACCUCCGCAUUCUCUGGGCCGUCCUCACCAAAUUCCAAACCGUCGGCCCCUUCAUUCUCAACUGGGCAACCGAACAGUACAAGUGUCGUCUCAGCCAGGUCAUUACGUUUAUCCUACUAAGUGCCCUACAGGCCAUCAAUUUGCUCUGGCUGUUCCUGAUUCUCCGCAUCGCGAAGAACUACGUGCUGAGCGAUGUGAAGCGGGACGAGCGGAGUGACAAUGAAGAUGACGAGGAGGAGCAUGAAGAGGAGAAGCAAACUACCCCGACAAAGUCCCCUCAGAUUGGUGAUGGCUCUUCAAAUGCCGCCGUCACAGGUUUUGGUGUGCUGAAUAAUGGUGCUACUGAACCGCGCGUUACAAGGAGGGCGGCGAAGGAGAAGGAAAUUGCUGCUAGAGCUGGAGCUAAUGGGGCUGGUGGUGAUGAUGAUCGCCCGAAUUGA